UUUUGAAAGAAGAGCAAGAGUAUAAGAGGCAAGCCUUUACAGAUUUCACAUCUUGCCUCCAGUUCUCUUCUCACAGAAUUUAUUAAAAGUUUGUUUUUCUCUUGUCUCUCAGGAUGAAGUUGUAUGGAGUUCUGGUCCUGUUGGUGACUCUAUCUGCAGCAAGUGGAUUGAGAUGCUACUUAUGUGCAUCCGCCACCUCUGGCUCCUGCGGACAGAUCGUGUCUUGCCCUUCUGGUUUUGACCGUUGUGCCAAAGUACAAUUCAAUGGUGUCAUCGCCAAGACCUGCAUGAACAGCGUUGCAUGUGGAGGCCACAUAACAUGCUGUAGCACAGACUUGUGUAACGGGAACAUUUAGAAUGACAUUGACAGUGUCACUGAUUUUGUUGCUACUAGCGCCAUACCCACUAUUUCCAGUGUCCUCCCCCUGCUGGUGUCAAGCUUUACAACUCAUGACAAAUGAAUAAACAGGCACAUUUGAGUCUGUAGAUAUUGUUGAUGAUUCCAAAUCCAGAAUUGCUCAAUAAAAUGACCAAUGCGAUCAAC